CUCCUCGGAAGCCUUUCCCCGGCCCCUCCGUGCCGCGAAGCCAUGGAGCUGCUCCGCGGGGCCGCGCUCCUGCUGCUGCUCUGCGCCGCUGCCUGCGCUCAGGACUCGUGCACCUGCACAAUGAACAAGCGCGUCACCAACUGCAGGCUGGUCGACGGCGUCUGCAACUGCAACUCCAUCGGCUCCAGUGUGUCCGUCAGCUGCGAGACCCUGACUUCCAAAUGCCUGUUGAUGAAAGCUGAAAUGGCAAACACGAAAUCAGGCCGCCGUGAGAAACCCAAAGGUGCGCUUCAAGAUACUGAUGGUCUGUACGAUCCUGAAUGUGAAAAUAAUGGUGUCUUCAAGGCAAAGCAGUGCAAUGGAACCACCUGCUGGUGUGUGAACACAGCUGGUGUCAGAAGAACCGACAAGCAUGACACAGACCUGAAAUGCAAUCAAUUAGUCAGGACGAUGUGGAUCAUCAUUGAAAUGAAGCAUGCUGAGAGAAAAACUCCUCUGAACGCAGAGACGUUAACAAAAUUUCUUAAGGAUACAAUUACCAGUCGUUACAUGUUGGAUGGACGCUACAUAGCUGGUGUUAUGUAUGAAAAUCCCUCUAUUACUAUUGAUUUGAAGCAAAAUUCCUCAGAUAAAUCCUCUGGGGAUGUGGAUAUAGCUGAUGUGGCCUACUACUUUGAAAAAGAUGUAAAAGGUGAUCCCAUCUUUCUUAACGCGCUGAACAUGAGUAUCGAUAACGAAGCGCUGACUUUUGAGAACAUGAUGGUCUACUAUGUUGAUGAAGUACCACCGGAGUUUUCCAUGAAGUCUCUGACUGCUGGCGUUAUUGCUGUCAUUGUUAUCGUAGUACUUGCAGUAGUUGCUGGAAUUAUUGCUCUGGUUGUCUCAAGAAGGAGGAAAGGGAAGUACGUGAAAGCAGAGAUGAAGGAAAUGAAUGAAAUGCAUAGAGGACUGAACGCAUAACUGAAAUCAGCUGAAGACAGAGUGUGACUCAGAUGAGGAAACGACAGAAAGAUGGGAGGCAUGGAUCUUAACUCUUGGAAGAUUCUUUCUGAAGGGGAGUCAGUUGUGCUCGCUUAAUCGCUGUUAAAACAAAGCCUAGACCAAAACGAAGCCUAGACCGGCAGCCAUGAUCCUUCUUUUGUUAUCUGUUGAGAGUUAAACGCCCUAUUUUUACUCUAGUCCAACUAUCACUCCCUGAUUUUUGUAAUGAGAUAUGCUGACAACUGCUGCUACUAGGCUUCCGGAGCAUAAAUGUUUAAAUAGUUCUUUUAGUCCUGUGGGAGGUUUUUUUAAAAAUGAUGAUCUUUAUAGCCAUGUCGUAAUGACAGUUUGGCUCAUGUAUAAUGAAACAUGGCUUUGUUUUUAUGGCAAUUUGUACAUAUUUGAACUAGCUGUAACUUUUUUUUAUGACAAAACAAUAAAACUUUUGAAACGGG